CCAGAGCUGUAUUUAAAGAGGAAACGUUACAGGCCACUCGGUUGCAGGUUUGAGCUGUGGAAAAUAGUGUGAGUAGAGUUACUAAAAGACUUUGGCCAUAACUGAAGAUGAGGCUUGUACUCCCGCUCCUGUUGGCAGUUUGGGUCAGCGCUCCGUUCGGCGGCUGCUUUCUCCCCACCUCGUCAUGCCUCCAAUCUCCAGCAAAGUGGUGCUCAUCUUUAGACUCAGCUGUUCAGUGUGGGGUGAGCUUUUAUCGAAGAACAAUGACAGACUCGAUGCUCUUCCCCACCUACCUGCUGCUCAACGACAUCAUGUCUGUUACUCUGGUACCCUAUGGAAAUGCACAGGAGACGCCUGUCGCUCAGAAGUAUACCUAUGAGUGCCAGCAUGGGAAACAGGAGUGUCUGGGGAACAUGAUAGAGACCUGUAUAAUGAACAUGACUGAUAUGGCUUUCCCAAUCAUCUUCUGCAUGGAGUUCUCUGCUGAUGUCAUCGGCUCAGCUGAAAGUUGUCUGAAAGUCUACGCCCCUGAUUUGAGCAUGGACAAAGUAAUGAGCUGUGUUAAUGGAGACAUGGGAAUGCAGUUGAUGCACCAGAAUGCCUUACAGACCAAGGCAUUGAACCCUCCYCACCAGUAUGUGCCCUGGAUUACCAUCAAUGGGGUGCAUACAGAMGACCUACAGGAAAAGGCCAUGUCCUCUCUGUUCACACUGGUCUGCUCCACGUAUAAGGGAACAAAACCUGCUGCCUGUGGAGGGAGCCAGAAACUACACUACAAAAGUUAUUGCCACAAUGAAUGAAGAAGCAGCUCAACGCUGCAGGCUCUAAACUGAACACUCAGAAAUAUUGGUUUCCUUUGUAUCUUUUUAAUUUUGUCUCUGAAAAAGAUGGAAGAUUCUGUUCACUUCAUUUUUAAAACUUGAACAAAUAAAUAAAACUUUCUUUCCAAAAUAUCUGAAAUCUGA